AUGAGUUUGUUGGGUAAACCUCUCAACUAUCGCGCCAACCGCCGCGACGCUCGUUAUAGAAGAUUACAAACAAGAGUCUAUAAUUUUUUAGAACGUCCUAGAGGAGUACAAGCUAUUUUGUAUCAUAUUAUAGUAUUUUUUGUGGUGUUUUCGUGCCUUGCUCUCAGCGUGUUUGCCACAAUUAAAGAAUAUCAAGUCCAAGCUGAGAUUUUGCUUUUCUACAUGGAAAUAAUUGUUGUCGUUUGGUUUUCAAUUGAAUUUUUUCUCAGGUUAUGGUCGUCGGGAUGUCGAUCCAGGUACCAAGGAUGGUUAGGAAGGUUAAAAUUUUUACAAAGACCUUUUUGCAUAGUCGAUGUGAUAACGAUAGCAGCGUCGUUAGUUGUUUUAUCCGUUGGAGUAAACGGUCAAGUAAUGGCUGCUUCAGCCUUAAGAGGACUCAGGUUUUUUCAAAUACUUCGAAUGGUUCGAAUGGAUCGUAGAGGAGGAACAUGGAAAUUAUUGGGUUCGGUCGUUUAUGCUCAUCGUCAAGAACUGAUAACAACGUUAUACAUAGGCUUCCUAGGAUUAAUAUUCGCAUCAUUUUUGGUUUAUCUCGCUGAAAAAGAUGCCAAUCCGAAAAAUUUUAGUAAUUUUGCCGACGCUCUAUGGUGGGGCGUAAUUACUCUAUGCACCGUAGGCUACGGUGACACGGUACCUGCCACGUGGCAGGGUAAAUUAAUUGCCAGUUUUUGUGCAUUAUUAGGGAUUAGUUUUUUUGCGUUACCAGCGGGGAUUUUGGGUAGUGGAUUCGCCUUAAAAGUUCAACAACAACAAAGACAAAAGCACAUGAUUAGAAGAAGGCAACCGGCAGCCACAUUGAUACAAUGUUUAUGGAGGUGUUACGCCGCGGAUGAACAUUCUCUAAGUGUCGCCACGUGGAAAAUUCAUCAAAUUCCUCUUCCGAGUCCUCCAUCGAUGGUUUCUUCCAGUUUUAAGCAUAAUGCUUCCUUUGUUUCGAGACUUCCGACAAUUAGAAGGCAUAAAAGCACGUCUUUUCAUAGUCCUUUGACAAAAGGUGCCGCCGGAUUGACGAGAAAUUCCGGUGAUGUUCGAGCUUCCUCCGACAAUUUAGGUACAAGUGGAAACGUUCAAACUUUAAACGGGAAUGAAGACGAAGAACCAAGGUACAUACAAUUAACGAAUCAACAUAAAGGAGCAAUACGUGCAAUUAGAAAAUUAAAAUACUUCGUAGCUAGGAGAAAGUUCAGGGAAGCAUUGAAACCUUACGACGUAAAAGACGUCAUGGAACAAUAUUCCUCUGGACACGCUGAUUUAUUAAACAGAACUAGAAAUUUACAAUACAGGUUGGACCAAAUAUUGGGAAAACAGGGGUCAAAAGCUAAAGAUGUUUACGCGAGUAAAAUAAGUUUGGCAUCGAGAGUAGUGAAAAUAGAAAGACAAGUCGACGACAUUGAAAAUAAAUUAGAUCAAUUUAUGGAAUUGUACAUGGAAGAUAGAAAAAGAAUAUUGACCAUUCCAUUGAAUCAAGAACCUCAACCCCAAAUAACAUCAGGUACGUGUGUCACCUCCAAAGUGUAA